AUGUUCACUGCUCAAACUGCGACGAAGUAUCCAUAUACCGGCUUGGUAGACCUUCCGGUUGAGAUUAUUCUCCAAAUCGUCACUUACAUCAGCCCUCCCAGUAAGUCGCAUCUGCGGUUGCCUUUUGGCUACACACUCCACAGGACAAAUCUUCGAGACGGCAUUCGAGACCUCAAAAACCUGACGCUAUCAUGCACGAGGCUAUACGACAUUCUCCAGCCGACCCUGUACACCCAGAGUGGUCAAGAUGACUGGUACGCUCUUCGUUGGGGCGCUUUCCACGGCCUGACCCGGACGAUGGAAGACGCAUUCCUGGCCGGAGCACCGUUAAACUGGGUGUACGAUGAUGUCGACGACUAUCAUGCCAACAGCUACUGUCGAUGUGGCCGCUUCGACGGCGGCACUGCUUGGUCGAACAACUCCGUAUGCUGCACGCUCUUCUAUGAGAAAAAGCCCACCGGAACCCGGACUGGGAGAAAUACUCUGUAA